GUAGAUUACAAGGUAUUGAGCCGUGGCGGUGAGCACAUCGACUCGUUUUUUCUUCUUCUUCUUAGUUUCCCACCGUUGGUAAUAGCGCCCACAGAGAGCAUUUACCCUGCAUUAACGUCUGUUGGAAUCAUUGGCUGGCCGUGUUGUUGCUUCUUGGAAUGUCCCGGCGGCCAAUUUCGUGCAUUUAAUUGGAUUCCAAUUGCGGACGACAGGAUUUUCCACCACCAGCCAUCCCCCGGCGAGCCAUAUUGAUGGGCCCUUUAACCGUUUGCGAAAUUGACGUUCCAUUCCACUUGUCGCUUGCUGCCACAUCGCGUCACGAAAUCGCCCGAGUGAAUCAUCGCAAACGCUUCUCGCCGCCCGUCGACAAGACGGGCAUCAUGGAGCGCUGGUUGGCCGAAUCACGACUCUGGAUGGCUGCCCCCAAUCGGAUUUUUGUCCUCAGCAAUUCAAGGUCUCGGGCUCCUUCGUCGCACUUUAUGGAGCGCUACGAGAAGAUCUGCCGGAUGGGCGAGGGCUCCUACGGUGUCGUCUACAAGUGCCGUAACCGCGAGACGGGUCAAAUUGUGGCCAUCAAGAAAUUCGUCGAGUCGGAGGAGGACCCACUUAUCAAGAAGAUCGCCCUCAGAGAGAUCCGCAUGCUCAAGCAAUUGAAGCACCCGAAUCUCGUCAACUUGAUCGAAGUCUUCCGCAGGAAGAAGAAACUUCAUCUGGUCUUUGAAUAUUGCGACCUCACCGUCCUCAACGAGCUGGAAAAACAUCCCAGAGGAGUGCCGGAAGUGUUGACGAAGCGGAUCAUCUGGCAAACGUUACAAGCAGUGGGAUACUGCCACGCCCACAAUUGCAUCCACCGAGACGUCAAGCCGGAAAACAUCCUCCUCACCAAAGAAGGCGUGGUGAAACUCUGCGAUUUCGGAUUCGCUCGACUCCUCAAUCCCGGAGAGAAUUACACCGACUAUGUGGCGACUCGGUGGUACAGAGCGCCGGAAUUGUUGGUCGGCGACACUCAAUACGGGCCCGGUGUCGACGUCUGGGCCAUCGGUUGCGUCUUUGCCGAGUUGGUCCGCGGAGAAGCGCUGUGGCCGGGCAAGUCGGAUGUCGACCAACUUUUUCUCAUCCGCAAAACUUUAGGUGACCUAAUCCCAAGACACAUGAAAGUCUUUAAGAAUAAUGAAUUCUUCGCCGGACUGUCCAUUCCGGAGCCGGACGUCAGGGAGUCGAUCGAAUCCAAAAUGCCUCGCGAUUUCUCCAUCGACGGAAUGGAUUUCUUGAAAAAAUGCCUGGACCGGGACCCGUCGAAGCGCUACACCUGCGACCAGCUCCUGCGUCAUCCCUACUUUGCCAACUUCAAUUUCCGACUGCCAGAAUCCGAAUUGGAGGAGUACGAGCGGCUCAGGAGAUUGAGAUCCCGUUCACGGUACGCUGGUGGUGGCGGUCACAUGCUGCCGCAGUUGCCCGGACCCGGGGCCGGAAUCGGAGUGGCCAGCAGCCUCAACUACGUCGGCGGCGGCGGCGGAGGAGGAGGAGGUUAUUCGACGAGCAACACGAGCAAUAACAGCUCCAACAAUUUCAUCGGUAAUAGUCCACCGUCAAUGCAAAUCAGCCAAGCGCCGAGAAUGGUCCGACGUUACGAUCAUUUGCCGUCCAUCUGAGGAGCGGGUCAAGGGGUCAGUCCGGCAGCAGCGGAGCAGGACAAGAAGAAGAAGAAGCAGCGCCAGCAACACGGAAUUAUCGUCUCACCAACGACAACAACAACAACAGCACAGCAACAACAACCUGACUCUUGCGGGGUCAUGACGCGCAGCAGGCGGGCGACAGCGGCCGAGAUCAGCAAGACGGGCAAUAGUUUCACCCCAGCAGCCAACGCCCAUCAUCAUAAUAAGGCGAAUCAAGUUGGAUAUCAGCAGCAUCAUCAUUAUCACAAGAGUACUCCUCUCCCUCCUGCGUCGUCCCAGCAGCAGCAGCAGUCGAGUUACACGACGACGACGACGAGGCUACUGGAAUCGCGUCAUCAUCAUUCGCUAACGGUCCCAAUCAUAAAAGCGGCGGGAGUCAGACGCUUAUUGGUCGGAGCGGUGGCGCCCAGCACGUCAGUCCAUCAACGCCACCGUUACGGCCAGAAAUAAUCGUAAAGAAAAAUAUAACAAGAAGAAGAAGAAGAAAAAACCCAUCACAUAACCUCAGGCCAUUACCAAAUUGAUAGCGCAAGGCGCGUCGCGACGCCACCGCCGCCCAAUUCUUCUGCCGGAAUUUCGAUUGGAUUUUUAACGUACACAAAAGCACUAGGUCGUUUCAAUUGAGUUGCCCUCCAGCUGUUCACUACCUAUAUACAGUUCAUUGUGUUCCGUAUUAUUUUUCUGUCAAUGUUAUUCAAUUCCAACUAAAAAAAGGGGGAAAUUCGCUGCAAUUGUUUUUUGGGGUUAUUUCGUCAAAUUGGGAGGAAAUUUGAAAAGAAACAAAGGUGCUCAACACUGGGUAGCUAUUUGGAAAUUGCCGUUGCGUGAUGAUUGUUGGUACAAUGAUAACAGCUCCAUACCUUGAUACAGAGCGCCAUUGUACUGUCGAAUAUUGUCUGUGUGUUGUUUCUCUCUCUACUGCGCGAACCAGAAGAAAAAUAAUAAACCCUGGAGGCCCCCCAUCUUCUUUUGUCCGUAUUUUAUAACCAGGAUAAUUUCCUUUUAACUCGUCGUGUACUGUGUUGUUGUUUUUUUUCUUUUCUUUGUGUUUGUUUAUCACCACCAAACAUCGAACGGCAUUUAACUUUUCCUUCAUCAUAUCGUCCGGGGUAGAAAAAAGAAGGAUAGAGCCCCGGCCCUCGUCGUUGUUGUUGUCGGUCUCAUCCGCCAAUCGUUGGGAAACGCCUUUUGAUGCUCUCUUUUUCUUUUCUUUUCUCUUAUACAUGUACACACACACACACGCUCUCUGUGUCUAUAAUCCCCCCCUCUUCUCUUUUUCUCUUUCUUCUUGUUUGUGACGCGAUACGGAUCGUGUACACGAUCGGAAUCGUAAUACGCCAGUCUCCCCUUCGUCUUUUUCCCUUUUUAGUUUUCUUUUAGAUGUUCUUCUUCUUCUGUACUUACGUCAGUUUGAUUUUUUGAUACCGAAAGUGUUUCUUCUCUUAUAUACAUCCUUUGGCGUUGUGUGUGUGUGUGUGUGUGUGUCUAAGCGUAAUAUUAUUCAUAUUAUUAUUAUAAACCAUCUCGAUCCUCUAUCCCCGACAAAUGUUUGACCUUAUUAUUCCCUUUUCCUCUCCUUGUGACUAACCCUCGAUACUAUAUUCUAACGACAACAUGAAAAUCUUUGUGAAACAAAUUAUACUUGUGAAACUGA